UACAUUUAAUAUGGGCAUCGGCACAAUUAUUUAUAAUUGAAACCUUUCUUCCCCUGCCGCAAUUUCCUAAAAUCCACCAUUUUUGACCGCCAAUUUCCCACCCACACUAUCUAUUCCUCGAAUGCAAUAUACAAGGGCGUUGCAUAAAUCAGUAGUCAGCCAUAAACAACAAUGUCUUUCAAGAACAGGUCACCGCCGAGUCCUCAAACGCAACUUCACGAUCUUAAGCAACGCGUUUUCACUUGUCUCAACAAACUCGCCGACCGCGACACUCUCGCACUCGCUUCAGCUGAGCUCGAGUCAAUCGCUCGGAACCUGAACGCCGAUUCCAUCUCUCCGUUCCUUAACUGCCUUCGCGACAUCGACUCUUCGGCCAAGUCUCCGGUUCGGAGGAAAUGUGUGAUCCUUUUGGCUUCGAUGUCUCACUCGCACGGUAACGUCCUAUCUCCUCACCUUUCUAAGAUGAUUUCCACCCUCGUUCAUCGCCUCCGCGACCCCGACUCUGCCGUACGAUCCGCUUGCGUCGAGGCGACUACCGCAAUGUCGUCUCACAUCACGAAUCCUCCGUUUUCGGUUCUGUUGAAGCCUUUGAUCGAAAUGCUCGUGGUGGAGCAAGACGUCAACUCGCAGAUCGGAGCGGCUAUGUGUUUGUCGGCUGCGAUCGAGGCGACGCCGGAUCCCGAGACGGAGCAGCUUAAGAGGGUGUUGCCGAAGUUGGGGAAAUUAGUGAGGAGUGAAAGUUUCAAAGCGAAACCGGCUGUGUUCGGAGUUAUUGGAAGCGUUGCCAGCGUUGGUGGCGCCGGAAGUAAAGGAGUCUUGGAUUGGCUAGUGCUUUCCGCGGUAGAGUCUUUGAGUAGCGAAGAUUGGGGUACGAGAAAGGCGGCGGCUGAGUUGUUAGGGAAAGUGGCCAUGGCGGAGAAAGAGCUCGCAGCGGAGUAUAAAGUGGCGUGUGUUGCUGCUCUUGAGAACAAGAGGUUUGAUAAGGUUAAGAUUGUCCGAGAAACUAUGAAUCAUAGUCUGGGUUUAUGGAAGGAUGUCUCUGGAGUUAGUGAAGAGGCCUCAACUCCUCCUCAGUCCGACUCAUCUUCAAUAGAUAAUGGUAGCGUUGGAUGCUUUCCUUCAGUUGCUAAAAGUAUCAAUGAUGAUGGUUUUAAAACCCCACAAUCAAAUAAAGUAGUCCCAACGAGCAGGUCCCCUCCAUCUGAUGCUUCCAAGAAGCUGGACCGCUCAAAAUCAUCUAAUUGGAAGACUGGAAUACCCGAGCCGAACUCUUUGUUUCCCGAGGCCUCUGGUGAUGACAAUGUCAAAAAGAAUGUACCCUUUGUCAAGGUCCAUGAUGAAAAAGUAAAGAAGUUUGUUGGUUUGAGAUCUGGGUUUCGGGUGCUUCCUCUUCAUGAUGAUGAUGAGAUCUUGGAUGUUGGUGACAAAAAUGUUUUUCCAGAUGUUGAUGAGAAUUCCAAAGAAAUGGAGGAUCUGUCUUUGAUCCGUGAACAACUUGCUCAGAUUGAAGACCAGCAAUCCAAUCUAUUAAACCUCCUCCAGAAAUUCAUUGGAAGCUCUCAAAGUGGGAUUAAUUCCCUAGAGACACGUGUAAAUGGCCUGGAGAUGGCUCUGGAUGAAAUAUCACAUGAUUUGGCUAUUUCAAGUGGUAGGAUACCAAACACGGAUUCUCCAGAUAACACAUGUUGCAAGCUGCCUGGCACUGAGUUUUUGAAUCCCAAGUUCUGGAGGAAAAGCGAAGGUCGAUUUUCUAGUUCGGCGCGCAGGCUUUCGCUGAAUGCAGUACGUAACACACCUGAUAAAGAUUAUGGCAGUGAAAUCUAUAAUCCAUCGUUUAGAGAAAGAUAUCAGGUUCAAGGUAAGAGUGGGUUUGUUAUGAACUCAGAGGCGGAUGCUGGCAGUGACACAAGAGAGAAUUCAGGGCUCUCAAAUAGAGCAUCAAAGAACAGCAUUCACAAUGCUGAGAGUUUCCAGGUUGGCAAUGCUAGUGCUCCUGAUGGGACUUCACCAACGAACUAUAGGAGCAGAUAUUCAGCAGCUUAACUCAAAUUGAAGUAGCAGAGAAGCGCCUUGGAUAGAUGGAGGUUGAAGAUGAAAUGAUACGAUGGAAUGAUUGAAAUCGUAGAUCUAAUAGAUGACGAGGUGCACGCGGGAUUGUUGGUACUCCUUUUAAUUCCAUCAGUAAAUUUAACUGCAAUAACCAUUGGCUUUUACCACAUAUGGUGUUUCAAUGGAAUCCUUGCCCCCUCACAGUCACCGAUUGGUUUUGCAAUAGAUGGUUCCUAUCUAUGUAUAGAGAGAGAGUAUUUAUGCAUCUGCGUUUAUCUUUUCGUUCUUGCCAUCAGUUCUUGUGUACUGCACAUAGUUUUAAA